AUGGUCGCCAGAACUGCCGCCGUGUCCGCGCGCGUCAUCCGCUCCUCCCCGAAGCACCGUAUCUACGAGGUGCGUGUCGCCGGCUACGCCACGGUCAACACCACCGUGACCGCAAACCCGGGCGUCGCGCGCCGGUGGGUGUACUCAACAUUGUGGCGCAAAACCCGUCGCCUUCGCUCCGGCGCCGGAUUCACCGUCGGCAUGGGCAUGCAGUGGACCCCUUCCUUCCGCCGUCUGGGCGCUGAGCCGCGGCCGGGCACGCUGCAGCUCUGCUGCGGGCGCCGGUGCCUCGUGUUCCAGAUCGCGCAGGCCGGCGGUGCCGUGCCUGCCAUUCUCCGGCGCUUCCUCGACGACGCGCGUGUGGGCUUCGUCGCGUACAACAUCGGUUCCGACUGCCGCAAGCUGAGGGACUACCACGGCCUGGAGGUGGCGCGCCCGCAAGAGCUUCGCCUCGUGACGGGCAUGGGCAAUGCCUCCAUGGAGCGCAUGGCGGAUCAGGUCCUUGGGUGGUGCGGCGUGAGGAAGAUGAAUUGGGUGGGCAUCAGCAAGUGGCACCGCCGCACGCUGUCGAAGAAUCAGGUGAUAUACGCCUCCAUCGACGCCUGCAUCUCGCAUUACAUCGGGGUUCGGCUGGGACUCAAGCCGGACACCCGAUGUGGACAGGGACUCUGCUUCUGA